UUUGCUAACUUUAUUAUUGUCUUUUCUGUCCGACUAGUUGGGUGAUACUAAAACAAUUAGACCCUUCGCCCUCAGGGGCCACGGUUCAAUAGCCCAUUAGGCUUCGCCUCGUGAGCUAUUGACCCGUAGCCCGCAAGGGCUACGGGUCCAAUUGUUAAUUAGCGGGAACAUUAACUAACAUUAAGUGUUUCUCACGGCAGCAAUGCUUUCCCAGUUAAAGCACGUAUUCAAAUUUCGUACUGUUACUCGGCGAUUGCUCAACACUUCCUCAGUUCUGAAAGUAAAUUAUCCUGCUGCAGCUAAAUCUACAAGAGAUCCAACGGUGAAGAACAUCCACAAAGCAGACUCAAAUGGAAUGCUUCAUGUGACAUGGAACAACAACACUGUUAACCGCUACCCGUUUGUCUACUUGCGAGACAACUGUCAGUGUCCAGAAUGUUUUCACGAAUCUUCUCUCCAAAGAUCGUUCGAUACGGUGGGCCGAUUAAAGGUGGACAUUCAACCAGAUCGAGUUGAUGUUUUGCAAAACGGCAAAGAAGUUUCCGUCACUUGGCCAGAUGAACAUGUCAGCGUGUUUAAGUCGGAGUGGCUUCACCACAGACGCUUGACGGAAGAACAAGAUACAUCGAAACGACCAUCAACGCUAAACAGAGAGGGAGUGAUUUUCUGGAAAGCAGAUCAACUUCAAGGAAAAAUUCCUCGCUAUGACUUCGCUGAGGUGAUCGAGGAUGACCGCAAACUGUACGAGUGGCUUAAUUCGCUUCAUAGCAUGGGAAUUGCACUAGUAACCAACACUCCUCUUCAAUCAGACGAGGGUUAUAAAUUGUGUGAGAGGGUUGGUUAUCAUAAAACCACACAUUACGGCCAUCAUUUUGACGUGCACGCAAAGUUUGAUGCCAACAACCUAGCGUACACCUCACAUUCUCUCCCGUUACAUGUCGACUUGCCUUACUACGAUUACGUGCCCGGGGUGCAAAUGCUUCACUGUAUCGAGCAAGCGUCCAGUGAAGGAGGUGCCAACCAGUUUGUGGAUGGCUUUUACGUCGCGCAGCAGUUGAAAGAAAACGACCCAGAGACUUUCAAUCUGUUGUCAACCACUCGAUUUCAGUUCGUUGACCUUGGGAAGGAUAUGUUUGGUGAAUUUAACAAGAAAUUUCCCCGUCUUUUGAUAGAGUUGGACGAGAAUGAACAAGUUAUCCGAUUUGCUUUAAACAAUCACGUGCGUGAUUCCAUCAUGCUUACUUCACCAAAGAAAACCAUUCAACUGUACGCGGGUUACCUCACCAUUGGUAGAAUGCUGAGAGACCCUGCCAAUCAAAUAGAACACAAAAUGGUGCCCGGUGACGUAAUUACGUUCAAUAACAGCCGCGUGUUGCACGGAAGAUCCGCGUUCAAAAUCACAGAAUCAUCAAACCGACAUCUUCAGGGAUAUUAUAUGGACUGGGAUGUUAUCUAUUCAAGGAUGAGGGUUCUGGCUCAAAGAUUUAAUAUUCCAUUUGGUUUGUAAAGUCAGCGAGGCAUUUUAAACAAACAGUUUACCGAGCUUGUGUGUGCUCGAAAUUUGCAUCAAUGAUGUGAAGUAACGUUUGAUAAAACUGAAGAGUGAUUGAAGCUCUCAGUCUAUGAUCGUCUUCUUUCUUAAAUCUAUGACAUGUCAUGGGAUUUAGUUAUGUACUCUGUCACCGCCGUAAAUCUGCGGUGGUUCCGGUCUCCCUUUUUAUUCGUUGUAUUAGAAUCUAGAGCGUAAUUCAGGUAGCUCAGGGGAAGAUGUCUGACCCCUGGUCGAUUGAGUUUACCACCACACAUGCGCACGCUAAUAGUUUGCAGAACUUGCAGUAAAAUCUUUAAAACAAACUCUUCAGAGAAACCAAAGCACUGCCUUUACGGCUCGCUCAGUGUUUGUCAAUGAUAAAGUGAGUUACCUUCGUCACGGUCAAGUGAAAACCAUUCUGACUGGCAGCAUUCACUGCAUAUAUGGCGCGUUUGAGCCCCGAUUUUCAAUGCAUGGGGAUUCCUGUAAAAUGUCACCACUGGGACUUGGAAUAAUUUGAGAAACAAAAAUAAGGGUAGAAAAUGAAAAUUUGGCUGGGAAAUGGCAUUUAUACCCCACACCUUGAGGACCAUUCUGGAACGAUCUACAUGUAAUGGUUUCGUUCUCACAGGACUGAGAAGCCUGUGCAGUAAUUGAAUCAAGGACGCUGUAUAGAGUGGGGUGAACGAUUAGCAACAGUCUUCUCAGUCACAAGAACGGGGUGGGGGAACCUCUAUCCCGAGAGUAAGGAAUCGGCCAGAGCUUGGCUAUCAGGGUUGCAAGGCUAUGGGAAUGGUUCUCCGCGCUGCAGAGUACUAUGUCGUAUCA